GUCAACGACGUGCGAACGUUCGAGCACGUUCGAUAGAUCGUGCCCGCGAAUGAGAGUGUGUAAAUUGAUUAGCGUUAAUCUAUAAUUCACACAUUGGUGAGAAGUGAAGAAAGAAGAGGGCGGGUUUAGCAAAUUGAUUGUGUCCCGUGUUGUGUUGGGCUGUGUAAAAAAAAUUGUAAAAAAUUACUUUUGUGCGACGUUGACACAGUGAAUUUUAUAUUGACGCGAGGUUAUAAGUGUCUAUAUUUAGACGAAUACGAAUAUACGAGAACAUUUUUAACCUUCUUUCGCUGGAACUGAUUUUUUGCCCACUCAAUUUUUCUUCUCCUUCUUUUAUUCGAACGGAGAAUCAGACACGCAGGUUACAGAUACAACGACGAUUGAUGCUCGCCGUUUGUUGGCAAUUUGUUCACAAUUCAAAUAACGUGUCAAUAUGGUAUUUGAAUUGAAGAUCAGCGCAUUCUUCGCAAGGUAUUUGACACAAGGCGUUGAUUUUUUUAUCCCACUUCAAACUCGACUCUUCGUUAACAGCGCCAUCAGCUGCGGUAGCAGAGAAUCCCGCAUAAUCACAGUCGCCAACCCGUGAAUAACAAAUAUAUUUCGCUCCUAUCAGCAUGACAGCGUGAAGCAAGACGUUAGAAACGCCGCAAUCUGGUCAGAGAAGAUAUUCAGCCUUUCACCUGAACCAUUCCAAAUUCACCAUUCAUUUCCCGGGGAUGAUCGACAAGAACAAACCAAUCCGAGUAUUUACGGACCACUUAGGCUUAAUGUGAAUGAAAAUACCACCUGAUAUCGCGCGAAGAUGGCCAUCGGCAAUGUGAUUUGCGGAGCAAACACUCCAAAAGUGAAACGAAAGAAGGUCAAGACAACAGCGCGGAGUUGGAUAGAAGCUACUUUUCAAAAGAGAGAAUGUGCAAAAUUUAUUCCUAGUCCUCGAGACGAGCACAGGUUGAAAGAAGUAGAGGGAGAUAAGGGUGCUGAGUACGACGUAAUCACAACAGCCAGAUGCUGCUGCGGGCAUUCCUUCACGUUUCAUUGUGGAACUGGCGCCGAUGUUCAAAGUCAUUCCACCGCUGGCGUCAGCGCUGCUACCGGAGACAACAAAAUUGAUGCUGAGCGAGAGGUUUGGACUCCAGGUAAAAAUACUCGAGUUAGUCCGACCGAUGCAUAUGGCACAAUAGAGUUUCAGGGUGGACCCCAUCCAGCCAAAGCGCAGUAUGUCAGGCUCGCGUACGAUACUCGACCAGAGCCUAUUGUUCAGCUACUGAGGCACGAAUGGAACCUCGACUUACCAAAGUUAUUGAUCACCGUUCAUGGUGGGAGGUCGAAUUUCGAGCUACAACCAAGCUUGAAGAAAGUUCUCAGAAAAGGCCUUUUGAAGGCAGCAAAGACAACGGGUGCUUGGAUCUUUACGGGAGGGACAAAUACCGGUGUAACACGACAGGUUGGCGAUGCUCUGCUUUUGGAGCGUUCUCAGAGACAAGGGAGGGUUGUCAGUAUCGGCAUUGCGCCUUGGGGGAUACUUGAGAAUGGACAUGAACUGGUCGGUCGCGGACGUGACGUUCCUUAUCACGCUAUUGCGUCUCCAAGGUCUAAAUACGCUGUACUGAAUAGCAGGCAUGCGUAUUUUCUUUUGGUUGAUAAUGGAACUGGAGGGAGGUACGGAGCUGAAAUAAUGCUGCGAAGGAAGCUCGAAAAAUACAUAUCAAAUCAGAAACUUCAGCCAUACACGCAUAGUAGCAUUCCCGUUGUGGCACUUGUAAUCGAAGGAGGAACAAACACUAUCCGAGCAGUUCUUGAAUACGUUACAGAUGAACCGCCAGUCCCCGUUGUUGUUUGCGAUGGCUCUGGUCGGGCAGCCGACCUUAUUGCUUUCAUGCACAAGUACGCGACAGAGAGUGAAACAGAGGGCGACGGCUUACCAGAGGGGAUGCGCCUACAUUUGUUAGGCACUAUUCGGCACACCUUUGAAGUUUCUACGGAACAGGCGGAACAACUCUACUUGGAGCUACUUCAGUGCACACGUAACAAAAACCUUAUUACAGUAUUCAGAAUUACGCACGAUCGGCCUCAAGAACUCGACCAAACAAUCCUCACAGCCUUAUUCAAAUCGCAGCAGCUGUCCCCGGCUGAACAACUGUCACUAGCUCUAACUUGGAACAGAGUCGAUAUAGCUCGUAGCGAAAUAUUUGUAUAUGGACAAGAAUGGCCGCCCGGAGCACUUGAACAAUCCAUGAUGCAGGCUCUACAGCAUGACCGAAUUGAUUUUGUUAAACUUUUGCUUGAGAAUGGUGUUUCAAUGCGUAAAUUCCUCUCCAUACCUCGUCUCGAAGAUCUCUACAACACCAAAGAAGGGCCGUCCAACACUCUUGGCUACAUUUUGAGGGACGUAAGACCUCACAUACCGCGUGGAUAUAUUUAUACUCUGCACGAUAUCGGUCUUGUGAUUAAUAAGCUGAUGGGUGGAGCUUAUCGGGCUCAAUACACUCGGCGAAAGUUUAGAGCGGUUUAUUCUCGAGUUAUGAAGAAGUCUGGCGGACACGCGCAUCACGCUCAUGCUCAUCGUACAAAUAGCGCAGCGAGUUUUGCUGGCCGAUGCUAUUCAGUUAGCGGUGCAGCUGGAAAAACUGAUAGCUUGACGAUGACUCUGCUGGCCGAGACUCUGCCUGGCGACAGAGACACACCGCUCUUCGAUUUCCCGUUCAACGAACUGCUGAUAUGGGCUGUUCUAACAAAACGUCAGCAAAUGGCGCUUCUCAUGUGGCAACACGGGGAGGAAGCAUUGGCUAAAGCGCUGGUAGCUCUAAAACUUUAUAAAGCAAUGGCGCACGAAGCUGCCGAAGACGAUCUUGAGACAGAGGUUUACGACGAACUGCGUAGUUACGGCAAGGAAUUUGAAACUAUCGCAUUAGAGCUUCUGGAUUUUUGUUAUCGACAAGACGACGAUCAAACUCAACAGUUGCUAACGUCAGAGCUUCAGAAUUGGUCAGGUCAGACGUGUUUGUCACUCGCUGUAACUGCGAACCAUCGUCCUCUUCUAGCGCAUCCUUGCAGUCAAAUUAUUCUCGCUGACCUCUGGAUGGGUGGGCUACGAACACGUAAAAAUACGAAUCUCAAGGUAGUACUUGGCCUGCUGUGUCCGCCAUACAUAACACGGCUGGAAUUCAAAAGUCGAGAAGAGCUACAGCUUAUGCCACAGACACAGGAGGAACAUCUAAUUGCCCUUGAAGACGAAGAUGAGGAUAGUGAUUACGAGCAAGGAGUCACUCCGACAUUAGCGCAGGCUCCGGUACACCCAGAAGUCGAGAAACGACCACGUAGCAGCUUGAGUAUUCGCAGCAAAUCCUCUUGCAGUCAGCAAGGCAUCAAGGCAUUAAUCUCCACUGAAAAUGGCACGAUAGCUGCAAAAGACACAAUUGUUCGAGAGAAUGGUAAAGUUAUAACAGAUCACGAUGAUUGCAGUAGCAGAUUUGUCCACGCCUUGCCCGAAUACUAUGAUAUAAAAACGAACCGACCCUUACGCCUGAAGAAGAAGCUUUACGAGUUUUACACAGCUCCUAUUACCAAAUUUUGGGCAAGUUCGAUUGCGUACAUAGUAUUCUUGGUGCUAUUCUCAUACUGCAUUCUUGUGAAAAUGGGUCACAUACCCACCUGGGCUGAAUUAUACUCCAUUGCCUACAUUUGCACACUCGGCUGUGAAAAAGUACGAGAGAUAGUGUCCUCCGAGCCAGCGACUUUAUCCCAUAAGUUCAGUGUCUGGGCAUGGAACAUGUGGAACCCGUGCGACGCUGCGGCCAUUCUAUUUUUUCAAAUUGGUCUCGUUCUACGGCUGAGAAUGCCUACUAUGGAAGUAGGGCGUGUUAUAUAUUGUGUGGACUGUAUAUAUUGGUACCUGCGAAUUCUCAAUAUUCUCGGAGUCAACAAGUAUUUAGGUCCUUUGGUUACGAUGAUGGGAAAGAUGGUGAAGAACAUGAUAUACUUUGUUGUACUGUUGCUAGUUGUAUUGAUGAGUUUCGGCGUAGCCAGACAAGCUAUUCUCAAUCCUAAUACCGAACCCAAGUGGCGAAUUUUGCGAGACAUAUUUAUGGAGCCGUACUUUAUGCUUUACGGUGAAGUGUACGCGGACAGCAUAGAUCCAGACUGCGGAAAUGCCCCGGGACAAGAUCCGUGCCUCCUGGGAAGGUGGAUAACACCCGCUGCCAUGUCCGUCUACCUUCUCGUGGCUAAUAUUCUCUUGAUCAAUCUCCUGAUAGCGGUAUUCAACAACAUAUUCAACGAAGUAAACGCUGUUGCUCACCAAGUAUGGAUGUUCCAACGUUUCACCGUCGUCAUGGAGUACGAACAGAAACCGGUUCUCCCUCCACCACUGAUUAUAGUUUCGCACAUCUAUUUGCUUAUUAAAUAUAUCAUUAGAUACGUCAGGCAAGGCGAGAUGCUGUCCACAGAGGCACACGACAAUGGGCUAAAACUCUUCCUCGAGGAGGAUGACAUGGAGCGAUUAUACGACUUUGAGGAGGAUUGUGUCGAGGGAUAUUUCAGGGAGCAAGAGCUCAAACUACAGAUGUCCACAGACGAGCGGGUGAAAGUAACAACCGAACGCGUCGAGCACAUGCAUCAGAAAAUUGAGGACAUCGACAAAAAGGAGAACAGUCGGAACGUUUCCUUGCAGGCUGUAGAAUUUAAGAUGCGGAAACUGGAGGAGCUGAACGAACAGACCUUGGCUCAUUUAGGAGUAAUACAUCGUUUCAUGGCGACUCAUACAUCGAAUUUAGAUCUACCGCGGUUCGAUCCGACCUCAGAACCGCGACCUAGACGAGCCUCUGAGAGAUCGGAGGCCGCUUCCGAGUCAGACUUGAUCACUCAAUCGCCUCUGCUUCACACCCGACGCCGCAAGCUUUUGAAAUCGUUAACGGACGCCACCUUCUUCCCAACGACAACAACGCCAUUGGAGGACGAAGUGCCUCUGCGAGCGACGGUUCUCAGCUCGUUGGACAAUCUGAGUAAGAACGAUUCGUCGAACAGCAGUGACGAACCAGCGUCUCAGGAGGUGUUCAAGACCUCGGAAAGUAGGGAGAGCAACGCGAGCGAGGAGGAUGCAAAACCGGAGAAAGAAAUCAACGAUCAUUACAAAAGGUCAGGCAGUGUUGACGUCACGUCUACUUCGGCGUUCGAAGCGAGACGCGAUUCCUCGGGUCAUCCUCCGUCUGUGAGGCAAUCGAGCCGCACGCUCUCUGAGCCAGAUAAUUUACUUGCACCUCCUGCAAGCGGUGCACAAAGAGGAGUGACAUGGGCCGAGCCGAAGGUUGCUGUGAUACCGAGCUCUGCGGGGAGUAACAACGCCUCGUCUAAUCCGAGGUCAGUUCUUCUCGCCAUGCGGUCCGAGUACACCAGCAUCACCGACGAGCUCGAAAGUUACUGCGGCCUGUUAAGUCCCCCCAGAACUCCGCCCGUCUCGCCUCCGCCUCGUCGAGGGCGAUACGCGUCGGAGAUGUCAAACCCCGAGAUGGCUCUGCACAUUGAGAAAGAGCAUCUACGCGACGCCGAGGAGUGUGACUACCAGCUUAUGGAGGGACUUAUACAUCGACGAUACAUGCACGACACUGACAUACCGGAGGAUGUAGAAUCCGAUGACAAUGAGGACAGCGCUUUUUUCCUGACUGUACACAACGAGAGGCGACAGCUAAGGCGGGCCUCCGCCGUUGAAGAUGAAGCCUUCAAAUCCCGACCCACCAUUAGCGUCACCAAAGAAAUUGAACAGACUCUAGCUCGACCUCCUAUUCGAGAUAGCGAUACUGAUCUACCCGCCGAUCACGGUCUCAGCACAUGUCCUGCUCCGGCGUCUGAGACGAUGUGUUGAUUUGUUUCAUCAUUCUUUCCACUCACUCGCCGAGAGCUUAACUUACAUGAUUCUGAGCUCAAGCAUUAGUUAUUCGCAGUCGUUUGUUGAUGACCUUAUCGAUUUUUUUUAAACGGUAUUCCAAAUGGAAUAUUCUCUACGAGAUUCAUCUUCCAGUAUUCCGCAUUAUAAUAUACAUGUACACUAUUGUACACACGCCUAGAUCUUCCACUGUGCUUUUAUAAUCGACUGUUUCUUAUAGAAUCUUAAUCGUUGAAGUCUGUAGGUUUGCUAUACAUAUUUUUUUACUUCUAUUCAAUCAGGUUUCGAAAUUGUGAUUCACGUUUUAGUAUAUAUUUCGUGUAGCCUUCGGUAAGAAUAAUCUGUAAUGGAUUCAGCUUUAGAAGAUACCACGCAUCUGAGUAGUAAUCAUUUAUUCGCUGCAGUAGCAAAAAUAUUCUGAAACAUUACCUUUCGCCGAAAUCGGAAGUUGGAGUAAAUAUGAAUUUAUUACUUGAUACUGUUUAGUAUCUAGUAUAUACAUGCUUAACGAUCCUUUUGCGACCGUUUAGUUAGGUGAAUAUAUUUUAUUAGAUUUGCGAUUGUUAUACACGUAAUUUGAUAAUCGAAAUUAUUCUCAUCGUGUAUUUUGCAAUCAGUAGGUAAUUAGAUUAGAUUAGACUAGAUCUCAAAAGAGGACAUUUUGUUGGAUAUUUUGUCUGUAGUGCGUUUUCUAGAUGUGAUUUCGUGAAUCGAUCCUCUUCUAUGGUUCACGGUAGUUUAUUUCUCUCUCUUUCUUUCCUAGGCUCAUAAAACAAAACCGUCUAGUUUACCAAUGAUAGUUAUUGCUUCCAAUAAAUUGUUCUCUCACAGAUGUAGUGACAGGUUUUUUUUUAAAAACUUGGUGAUUUAUAUUUAAUAUUUCUUCACGUUUAUAUGGGAUGAAAAUACGUAUAUGUAUACAUAUAUCUAAAAUUUACAUGUGUAUUAUGAAUACCUUUACAUUUACGAUCGUAAAUUGUUUACGGGCGAUCUAUUAACUACUGUGUAUGUCCUUCAAUAGAGCUUAUUAGCUUAUUAUAGUAUUAGUAAAUUUGACCGAAGAUUUGAUUGAUGAAUUUGUAAUAAUUAAUUACUAAAAAUCGGAAAUUGUACAUAAUAAUAAUAAUAACAAAAAAGAUAAUAACAGGGGGGGGGGGGGGGGAGUUAUAGGUUUUGAAAAUUAAUUGACUAAUAUAGUGUGUCAGCUAUGACUUGUAAUUCGUACGUACCUUCACCUCAUAUACGUCGGAUAUAACUCAUCAGCUUCGUAAUUGAGAAUUUCAUUCGCAAUUCAAAGCUCUAAGCUUAUGCAAGUACACACUGUAAUAUUGCUCAAAGAAAAAAAAAAUAACCAAGAAAAUACGCAAACAAAUACAACAUAAUAA